AUGGAGAUAGCUACAUCGUUCAUUUACAUUGACUGGGAAACAUGGAAUUACUGGCCCCAUAAUCUCCAGACACGCACAAGUGAUCAGUUUAAGAACUUACCGACCUCAAGGUUCCUUCAAUUAAGCCAGGCGGCUUUAAGGGGAGACUUCAACGGGUUGUUUUCUGAAUUAAGAUGGCUUCAGUGGUUUUACGCUCAUCCCAUGGUGUCUUUUUCGGCAAUCAAUUUGCAUCUUCCUGAAUUAGUGGUGCUGGAGUUGUCACACAACCAGUUCACAGCGUCUUGGGAAGGAUGGAAUUCAAUCGAGGCAGCAAAACGGCUGAAAGUUCUCGACCUUUCACAUAGCAUGCAUCUAAGAUGUACUCCUGAUCUCUCGGCUUUCGUAGAAUUGGAGUGUCUCAUCUUGUAUGAGUGCCGCGAACUGAAGCAAGUCCACCCUUCUAUUGGCAAAGUCAGGAGCCUCGUUUCUUUGGACUUGCGUUAUUGUGUCGGUCUCUGGGAUCUACCGGAAGAAGUGGGCGAAUUAGAACAACUAAAAGAACUUGUUUUAGACGAUGCUGGUAUUAGAAACAUUCCUUCGUCCAUCGGUUCUCUGAAGAAGUUGGAGAAACUGAGUGCCAGCAAUUGUCGUUCAUUGAGAAAAAUCCCCAACUCAAUUGGGAAUCUUUCUUCUCUCCAACAUCUUGACCUACACUAUUGUUUCUCAUUGAGCGAAGUCCCUAGCUCAAUUGGGGAUUUACAAAGUUUGCAACAUUUGGACAUUAGUCGGUCUGUCAUUGAAAAGUUGCCCACUGCAAUUGGAAGGUUGAAAAAACUGCAGAGGCUAAUUCUCACAUGUUGCACUAGUCUAAAAGGGGAAAUUCCAAGUGAAAUUGGCAGCUUGUGUUCACUUGAGAAUCUUGAAAUCACUUUCGCGCCAAUAUCUAGCCUGCCAGAAAGCAUUCGAAAUCUUUCUUCUCUCAAACGCCUUGACUUAAUGGGCUGUUUUGAGCUCCAAUCGUUGCCAGAGCUUCCUUCCGGCUUAACGUACUUGGCCAUCUCUUGUCAAAGUCUCAGGUUGCCACAGCUUUCUUCCCUAAUCCACAUAGAAGAACUUAGUAUUCAUGGGUGCGAUCUGCAAGAUGAAUGCAUCACGGAGCUUCCGUCAAGACUCUUGAAACUUCAUUUUGAAUCCUGUCGUACGCUGAUGUUGCAUAAGCUUGAGGAAUCCAGAUUUGUCGGGAUGUGA